CCAAAUAAACGCUUAUUCAUUAUUGGAGUUAACCUUCAAAGAAUUGGCGCGUGAGAUAAGAUGGCAGCGUCCAGGGUACGGGUGUCACUCGAAUUUGUAGGAAAUGACGAGGUCGUUCGACACAUUGUGACCGUUAAUGAUGUCUGCUCAGCCAAAAAGCCAAGGAGGUCAAAAGUGCAAACUCUAGCAUCAACACCCUCUCAGAGACCAGUGAGAUCUACCAGAAAGUCGGUCAAUUAUAAGGAGAGCCUCUUGGAAUUUGAUAAGGACUUGGCAGAUUCAUCAGAUGAGGAUAAGAAUAAUGAGGAAAAGGAAGACAUUCACUUCAACAAAACACCAGAUGUACUGCUCGAUGAAACAGGUAUUAAAGGAGCCGAUGUUUAUCAAUUCAAGAAGAUCAAGCGGACUGGACAGAUGGCACAACUGGCAAGAAGUAGUGUCACACCAAUGUCAAGCAAAAAGCAAACUCAAAAGGUUGGGUCAAGAGGGAUAAGAAAAAAUACGUGUAGAAGAACCUUACCUGAUUCAGAUGAUGAUAGUGAGUCCUCAAAGGUAUCUACAUGUAGCUCUGGGGAAGACAGCAGUGAUGACAACAGUAGCACUCAUAGCAAGCACAGUACCACACCUACAUACAAGUCAGGAAGGAAUGUCACAGGGAGUGCAACAUGUGGUGACGGAAAGGUUGUAACACCUGCCAGGGGUUCUGCUGUAAAGGGUCCCAUGACACGCAGGAGAACCAGAGGGGAAGUUGAACUGCCCAACAUGGCAGAAGAAUACUUCUCGGCACAUUCUGGUCAGUCAAUGACCUCCGACCACACUCUGGCCAGACUAGCAAUUCCACAGAUGGAUCAAGAGCAGGUUCACAAGGCACUAACUAAUACCCCAAAUAGCUACACUGAAGAAAUCCAAGAGAUGUAUCAGGAAUACAGAGGCUUGUUUAAUAAGUGGAUGUUCCAGUUAAGCAAUGGCUUCAAUCUGAUGUUGUAUGGUCUUGGUUCUAAGAGACAUCUUCUAGACAUGUUCAGGGUAGAGAUGUUGAGCAGCUGGAAUCAUGUUGUGAUCAAUGGAUUCUUCCCAGGACUUACUGUCAAAAGUAUCUUGAACAGCAUAACUGACGAUGUAUUUGACCAUGCAGUCGGGUUUCGUAGUCUAGCUGAGCAGUCUGAGUAUAUCCAUAACAUAUUAGAAGAACGUGAAGAGCCAUUGUUUCUAAUUAUUCAUAAUAUUGAUGGAAUGAUGCUUCGAGGACACAAAGUUCAGUCCUUUCUUUCAGCAUUGUCUCAGUCAGCUUUCGUCCAUAUCAUUGCAACAAUUGAUCACAUUAAUGCUCCACUAAUCUGGGACCAGUCCAAAUCCAGCAGUUUCUAUUGGGUGUGGUAUGAUGUCACAAUGUUUGAACCUUAUACGGAGGAAACUUCUUAUGAGAAUUCACUCUUGGUCCAGCAGUCUGGUGUUCUAGCACUUAGCUCACUCACUCAUGUUCUACGAAGUCUUACGCCUAAUGCCAGGGGCAUCUUCAACCUCCUUGUUGAGUAUCAGCUAUCACAUCAGGACAAUGCAGCAUAUCAAGGGUUGUCCUUUCAUGACUUGUACCAGAGGUGUCGUGAAGCUUUCCUUGUUAACAGUGAGUUAACACUCAGGGCCCAGCUGACGGAAUUCAGAGAUCACAAACUUGUCAGAUCUAAAAAGGGAUUGGACGGUGUAGAGUUUCUUUUGAUUGCUGUUGACAAUCAAACACUUCAAGAAUUUCAACAACAGGAAGAGGUGUAAGGGAUGGACUGAUUGAUUGGCUACAGUUGAUGGUAUUGACAGUUCACAAAGGUGACUUUAUAUUGCAUGCUUGAUACUGAACAGUGGAAAGUUACAAUGAAGUGACAAAAGUAUGUUGGGAACCUGUAUGGAAAGCGCUUCAACAAGUUGUCGCUGUUAAAUUCCUGAUAAAUUGACUGCUACAGUAGAUGUCACCCGCUAUGAGCGAGAUUGCCAACAUGACAGUGGAUUGAUAAUGCAAGGGAAAACAUGAAGCAAGUACUCUUACAUGUACACGUGCAUGCACCUGUUAUUCUGCAAAUUGUGUCAGAAAUUGAAUAUCAAAUAUGAUUAUCUGUGUUCAUCAUAUGUGCAUGAGCUUUACUGCAUUUAUUAACCAUUUAUUGUGUUUGCAUUGGACUUUUCCUCUUUUAAUUGGGACUCCAUUUUGGCUUGUCUACAUGUACAUGUAUUUGUGCCAGCAGUGACUGAUUGUUGUUUCCAUUUGUGGUUAACCAAAUGUAGCACAGCAUGUAGUGGUUAUUUUACGUGGCUGACGUUUCCUGUAUAUUUUCUCCCAAACCAAAACUCGUUGUACAAAGCCUGGUCUUAUUAUUCAUUCAUUAAGUUAAAUUCAUCAUAAUAUUUGUGAGGCAAGAGACAGGCUGCCUUUAUUGAAAUAUGGAGAGUACUACAUGUGUGUAAUGAAACCAGCAGUGUGAGUGCUCACACACAAAGGGAGUAGAGAACCAGUCUUCCUGUAAAAAAAUUUACAGCGCACUCAUGGACGUGUCAUAGCUGUUCCUGUUGGCAACCUGUUAACACUGCAGCUCCUCAGAAAGUUUCUGUGACCACCUUCUGUGACCACCUGUUAAGUUUAGCAUGAGAGUAGUGUGAAUCUAACAGGAAUCUCUGUUCUCUUUGCAACUGAUUUUUCAUUUCUUCCACUCUGCAGUUACUAGUUUACAGUCACUAGAGUGAACACAUCCUUGAUAUCAUCUUCAUUCAGUUAAAAAUUGGGUUAAAUUCUUGGUUCUGAAUUGAUACCAGUAUAUCUCAGAUACACAUAUGAGAAGAAUUACAUUCUGUAGAAACGGGCUUUCCUUCAGAAAUGUCUGUUUUUGUGGCUUCUGUUUUGGUGCUUGUUUCUUGUUCCAUUUGUCAUUCAUAUUAUUUUCAACGUUUCGUUUUGGCUUAUGUCACUUGCAUGAAAUACUGUGAAAUGAAUGUUUGUAACAUACUGGUUUUUGGUCUAUUCAUUUUUCUUUAUUUGUGUCUAUUAUGAAAUAUCAGUAAUCUGAUACGAUAUUAUUCUGACAAAAAGUAAAUAUUUACAGUGGAUAUGAACCCAGUCCAAGAAACCAUCAUUGUUUUGAAAUAAAAGAGAAUCUACUAGAUUCUUUGUCAGUAUUA